AGCAGCAAGGCUCCCUAGCAAGGUCUCUCCUUGGGGACUAAGAGAGAAUUAGGAUUAAUGUACAUGAGCAUGAGGACCAACCUGAUUGGAAUUUUCUCCUUCCCGACUACUGAUUUUGUAGUCCCUGUUUAGGAGAAAUGCCACAAAAUCUGUCCCAAGCAAGACUCUUCAACAGUGUCUGUAUACCUAUAUGUGUGACCCAGGAAGAAAAUAAAAUACAGAUUUGAAGUGCUCUGUGAAGACCUCCUACAGCAACAUGGUUAAGAAGAUGCAGACAGUGAUUUAUCUGUGAAAUUCCUGGAGUGAAGGAGAAGUCUUGAAGCUGUAGCCUGAGAUCUUCAGUUUUUGAGAAGUCAUCCGUUUUUGCCUACUUGAAGAAUGCAUUGAAACCAUUUGCCAACAUUAUUAUCUGGAUUUACAGAUUUAAUAUCCAACAUCAGUGUUACUAAUUUCUUAUUAAGUAGUACCUCACAGUAGUAGAAAAAUGUAUGGAAGUGCAAGAACAAUCAGUAAUUUGGAAGGCAGUCCUUCCCGGUCUCCUCGUUUGCCAAGAUCUCCUCGACUGGGCCACAGGAGAACAAGCAGUGGGGGAGGUGGAGGAACUGGUAAGACACUAUCAAUGGAGAACAUCCAGUCCCUUAAUGCAGCCUAUGCAACAUCUGGACCGAUGUAUCUUAGUGACCAUGAAGGUGUAGCUUCUACUACUUUCCCAAAGGGCACAAUGACUCUUGGAAGGGCUACAAAUCGAGCUGUGUAUGGUGGUCGAGUCACAGCUAUGGGGAGUAGUCCAAAUAUUGCUUCAGCUGGACUUUCUCACACAGAUGUCCUUUCGUACACUGAUCAGCAUGGAGGUCUGACCACAUCUUCACAUCAUCAUCACCAUCAAGUUCCCUCUAUGCUGAGACAGGUUAGGGAUAGUACCAUGCUAGAUCUACAGGCUCAGCUCAAGGAACUACAAAGAGAAAAUGAUCUUCUGAGAAAAGAACUGGAUAUCAAGGACAGUAAGCUGGGAUCUUCCAUGAAUAGCAUCAAGACUUUCUGGAGUCCUGAGCUAAAAAAGGAAAGAGUAUUGAGGAAAGAAGAAGCUGCCAGGAUGUCAGUUCUUAAAGAACAGAUGAGAGUUUCUCAUGAAGAGAAUCAGUUUUUGGAUGCCAGGAGAACAAAGCAUUUGCAACUGACGAUCCAGGCACUUCAAGAUGAGCUUCGAACUCAGAGAGAUCUUAAUCAUCUUCUUCAACAAGAAAGUGGAAACCGUGGAACUGAACAUUUUACUAUUGAGCUUACAGAGGAGAAUUUUCGAAGACUUCAGGCAGAGCAUGACAGACAGGCCAAAGAGCUCUUUCUGUUGAGAAAAACUCUAGAAGAAAUGGAGUUGAGAAUUGAAACACAAAAGCAAACACUAAAUGCCAGAGAUGAAUCAAUAAAAAAGCUUCUAGAAAUGUUGCAAAGUAAAGGUUUGCCAUCCAAAGGAAUGGAAGAUGACAAUGAAAGAGCUCGAAGGAUGGCUGAAGCUGAAUCUCAGGUUAAUCAUUUAGAAGUGAUUUUAGACCAGAAAGAAAAGGAAAACAUACAUCUUAGAGAGGAACUACACAGAAGAACCCAACUUCAGCCUGAACCAGCAAAGACAAAAGCUCUUCAGACAGUUAUAGAGAUGAAGGACACAAAAAUAGCUUCUCUUGAGCGCAAUUUAAGAGAUCUUGAAGAUGAAAUACAGAUGUUAAAAACAAAUGGAGUUCUGAAUAUAGAGGACCGAGAAGAAGAGAUCAAACAAAUAGAGGUUUACAAGAGUCACUCAAAGUUCAUGAAAACUAAGAUUGACCAGUUGAAACAGGAACUUUCAAAGAAAGAAUCAGAACUUCUUGCCUUACAAACUAAGCUUGAAACCCUUAGCAAUCAGAAUUCAGAUUGCAAGCAACACAUUGAAGUGCUUAAAGAGUCGCUUACUGCCAAAGAACAGAGAGCUGCCAUACUUCAGACAGAGGUUGAUGCCUUGAGAUUGCGACUGGAAGAAAAAGAAAGUUUUCUUAAUAAAAAAACAAAACAACUGCAAGACCUCACAGAAGAGAAGGGAACCUUGGCGGGGGAGAUUCGAGAUAUGAAAGACAUGUUAGAAGUAAAGGAAAGAAAAAUCAAUGUCCUUCAGAAAAAGUUGCUCUGUGGGAACUCAGCAGCCAGUCCCUUCCCUCUGAAGGCCCUGUGGCUGCCUCAGUAUCCUGAACAGAUUGAAAAUCUACAGGAGCAACUUAGGGACAAAGAUAAACAGCUAACCAAUUUAAAAGACAGAGUGAAAUCAUUGCAGACCGAUUCCAGUAACACGGACACAGCUCUAGCAACAUUAGAAGAAGCUCUGUCAGAGAAGGAGAGAAUAAUUGAGCGCCUGAAGGAGCAGAGAGAACGUGAUGAUCGAGAAAGACUUGAAGAAAUAGAAUCUUUUAAAAAGGAAAACAAAGACUUGAAGGAGAAAGUCAAUGCUUUACAAGCCGAAUUAACAGAGAAGGAGUCUAGUUUAAUUGACUUGAAAGAACAUGCAUCAUCAUUGGCAUCAACAGGGCUGAAAAGAGACUCCAAAUUAAAGUCUUUAGAAAUAGCCAUAGAACAAAAGAAAGAAGAAUGUAGUAAGUUGGAAGCACAGCUGAAAAAGCAAGCUGAACAGUUGUUCAAUCAGAUGUACAAUCCAAUGCCAAUUAGGAAUAAUGGGAAACAAGGGGCUCAUGAAGCUGAAGAAGAAGCACGGCUGAACCCAGAAUUUGCAGACAGACUGAAACAACUUGAUAAAGAGGCAUCUUACUACAGAGAAGAAUGUGGCAAAGCUCAGGCUGAGGUUGACAGACUUCUAGAAAUCCUCAAGGAAGUGGAGAAUGAAAAGAAUGACAAAGAUAAGAAAAUUGCUGAGCUAGAAAGCUUGACUUCCAGACAUAUGAAAGAUCAAAACAAGAAAGUGGCCAACCUGAAGCACAAUCAACAAAUGGAAAAAAAGAAGAAUGCUCAGUUACUGGAAGAAGUUCGUAGGCGAGAAGACAAUAUGACAGACAACUCUCAGCACUUGCAGUUAGAAGAAUUGAUGAAUGCACUCGAAAAGACCAGACAAGAAUUGGAUGCUACCAAAGCCCGUCUUGCCUCAACACAGCAGUCUCUGGCUGAGAAAGAAGCACAUCUGGCUAACCUCAGAAUAGAGCGGAGAAAACAGCUUGAAGAAAUAUUAGAAAUGAAGAAGAAAACAAGUGGAUAAUCCAGUUCCUAUCCAGAAACAGAGGUAAUACUAGUACCUGGAUGUUCCUGUAAAAAUAUUGGUGCAUCACUGAAUUAGUUUCAAGACAGUUGUUCUAACAAGCAACGCCUUUUCAAUAAUUAUAGAAUAAAUAGCA